UAAAAGGCUAUUUUUCAUUGAUUAAGUUUGAAUUUUAGCAGAAAUUUGGCAAGAACAGUUAGCGCCGCAUAGCGGCUGGAUAAUUACCCUAUUUCUCUACUCCCUAGCUUUUGCAGAGAACUACAUUUUCACAUAUCCACAUAAGCGAAAUUUCUAUGGCAUGGCACUCGGACUCGCAUCAUUCUGGUGAUUCUGGUUGACGAUAUUUUCGGAAAAUCGAAUAAAGGGCAAACGCAGUAAACACCCAUUUGAAAUAACGCCAUCGGAAUUUUCCAAAAAUGGAUCUGACGACAAGAGUCUAAUUUAAUCACAACCUCUAAAAAACAGAUUUAUCAAACAUCAACCAGCAGUAUGACUCAAGCCAACAGGAAACGAGGACGCAAUGCAGAAGAAGAGAGUUCGAGCGAGUUCAUGCCUCUGAGCAAGAGAAUCAAUAAUCUUCAUAUCAAUAACUUCUCAGGUUUGUCCGAGUCUGCACCUGAAAAAAUGAAUGGUCAAUGGGACCGAUGUAAUUUCAUUCCAUCUCCAAAUCAUUCAGAACCAAGUCCUUCGAGCGAAGGCUACAAUUCCAGCCAAAGUAGUUACCCCAAUGACUAUAGACCCGAUCUUAACGCCAAUGAGAAUCCUUAUUACUACGAGACCAACAAACUUUUAUUCAAUCUCUACAUGGAACGAGUGCACAGAUCGAAUGGUCUUUAUUGAUAUGGUGGUUUAUAGAAAGCAAAUAACGCGAUUUCGUUCAGGAUGCGUUAAAGAUCUGAUUUUGCAAACGAGGGCAGUUUUUUAAAUAUUUUUUUUUAGAGUUCGAUUGUCAACAUAGUUAUGAGAGAAGAAUGUAAAUUAUGCGUAACACAUCAGCGAAGAAUGCUUUCAUUGAUACAAAUAUAAAUCUUUGUCUAAGCUACCAUUUUAUUAGUGCUUACAUAUAUUUUCUUCACGAUUUAUCUUUAUCAGAUUUGAAUUAAGAUUGCUACGUGAUUUGCUCUGCCACUGUUUACUAUUUAUAAUUUUUUUUGUCACUUAAAGUGUACGCUAGACUUAAUAGAUAUCAUGGUAAUUUUUUAAACGUCCAAUAAAUCGAAUAUAUUCGUAUUUUUUUCAUUUGUUUGUGUGCAUUAAAGUUGUCCUUGUAGACAUUAAGUGUACGACUAAUGAAUAGGAUUUGUAGGUAUUUACUUAGUAUUUAAUGCAAACAUAAUCAAUAAUCGCUCUACGAUUUUGGUGCACAAAAAAUGGAAUCCUGUAUUCAGAAGAUGAAACUGUACAGAAUGUUAAUGAGAUGAUGAGAAUCUUAAAAUCUCGUGUGACGCAAAAAGUAGGUACUUGUAGCUAUAUGCAUUAAAUCAUACCGAAUUGAAUAAGCUUAAAUAAAUAAAAUAGUGGAUUAUUUAUGUAA